AAAGAGCAGAAGGAAGCAUCUACGGCUGGAAGUCUUUUAUUCUAUGCUGGUCUGACUUGACGCGUACGUUUUCUUUUAAGAAAAGCAGAAUCCUAUUCUAAGAGCACAGACCCUCAGGUAUCUACCAUGGUGUUGGAUCCUGAAGAAAAGAUGCCAGACGAUGGUGCUUCCGGGGACCAUGGAGACUCUGCCAGCCUUGGCGCCAUCAAUCCUGCCUACAGCAGCUCUUCCCUCCCACAUUCCACUGGAGACUCUGAGGAGCCCUUCACCACCUACUUUGAUGAGAAAAUCCCCAUUCCUGAGGAAGAGUACUCUUGUUUUAGCUUUCGUAAACUCUGGGCGUUCACGGGGCCUGGCUUUCUUAUGAGCAUUGCCUACCUAGACCCAGGAAACAUCGAAUCUGAUUUGCAGUCUGGAGCAGUGGCUGGAUUUAAGCUGCUCUGGGUGCUCCUCUUGGCCACCAUUGUGGGGCUGCUGCUCCAGCGCCUUGCAGCGAGACUUGGAGUGGUCACCGGCUUGCAUCUUGCUGAAGUAUGUCACCGUCAGUAUCCCAAGGUCCCACGGAUCAUCCUGUGGCUGAUGGUGGAGUUGGCAAUCAUUGGUUCUGACAUGCAGGAAGUCAUUGGCUCAGCCAUCGCCAUCAAUCUCCUGUCUGCAGGAAGGGUCCCCCUGUGGGGCGGAGUCCUCAUCACCAUCGCAGACACUUUUGUGUUUCUUUUUUUGGACAAAUAUGGCUUGCGGAAGCUGGAAGCGUUUUUUGGCUUUCUCAUCACUAUCAUGGCCCUCACGUUUGGAUAUGAGUACAUUACAGUGAAGCCCAGCCAGAGCCAAGUACUCAGGGGCAUGUUCGUGCCGUCCUGUCCAGGGUGCCGCACCCCUCAGGUGGAGCAGGCGGUGGGCAUCGUGGGAGCUGUGAUCAUGCCGCACAACAUGUACCUGCAUUCUGCCUUAGUCAAGUCUAGACAGGUGAACCGGGCCAAUAAGCAGGAAGUGCGGGAAGCCAAUAAGUACUUCUUCAUCGAGUCCUGCAUCGCGCUCUUUGUUUCCUUCAUCAUCAAUGUCUUUGUUGUGUCCGUCUUUGCUGAAGCAUUUUUUGAGAAAACCAACGAGCAGGUGGUUGAAGUCUGCAAAAAUAACAGCAGCCCCCAUGCUGACCUCUUUCCAAGUGACAACUCUACUCUGGCUGUGGACAUCUACAAAGGGGGUGUUGUGCUUGGAUGUUACUUCGGGCCUGCAGCUCUCUACAUCUGGGCAGUGGGGAUCCUGGCUGCCGGUCAGAGCUCCACCAUGACUGGAACCUAUUCUGGCCAGUUUGUCAUGGAGGGAUUCCUGAACCUAAAAUGGUCGCGCUUUGCCCGAGUGAUCCUGACCCGGUCUAUCGCCAUCAUCCCCACCCUGCUUGUUGCUGUCUUCCAAGAUGUGGAGCAUCUAACGGGGAUGAAUGAUUUCCUGAAUGUUCUGCAGAGCUUACAGCUCCCCUUUGCUCUCAUACCCAUCCUCACGUUCACAAGCCUGCGACCAGUGAUGAGUGAGUUUUCCAAUGGAAUAGGCUGGAGGAUUGCAGGUGGCAUCCUGGUCCUGAUCGUCUGCUCCAUCAACAUGUACUUUGUAGUGGUUUAUGUCCAGGAGCUAGGGCAUGUGGCACUCUAUGUGGUGGCUGCAGUGGUUAGCGUGGCUUAUUUGACCUUUGUGUUCUACUUGGGUUGGCAGUGUUUGAUUGCAUUGGGUCUGUCUUUCCUGGACUGUGGACGCUCGUACCGCCUGGGACUGACCGCUCAGCCUGAACUCUACCUUCUGAACACCGUGGAUGCUGACUCAAUGGUGUCCAGAUGACUAACAGCCCAGGAGACUUUAAGAACACUUUCUCUAAGCCCUUUCGGGCCAAGUGCCUGUUAGCAAAUCCCUUAGUUCGGAGGUGAGCUUGUUCAAAGGUAUUUGAACAAAGGAGAAGUUCUCCUCACGGACUCAGGGUAAAAGCUGACAGUUGUGUAUGGGUCAGAGACCCUUCGGAGGCAGCGGGCCUGUGGCAGUUGUGCAGUUCCUCAGGCUUGUGUCUGCACUUCUGGGGUUUAAAGUGUAUCGAUAUGUAUUUAUGUGAACCCAAACGUGCCAGUUUGGGUAAGAUUUUAAGGUUAUAAAACUUGAUAGAUUUUUACAAAUGCCUUUCAGGUGAAUUAGGUCUUUGUUCUGUGUGGGUAACAAAUGAGAAAGGGGCCUUUCUGACGAUGAACUUCCCAAAAAUAACUCUUAAAGCGCUGCUUUACCACAGUGUAUGUGUGUGUGUGUGUGUGUGUGUGUGUGUGUGUGUGUGUCUGUGUGUCUGUGUGUCUGUGUGUGUCUGUGUGUGUCUGUGUCUGCCUGCUUCUGCUUGUGGGGGCCACAGGUUGGCAUCAGGUGUCUCCAGUCUCUCUCUGAACAUGGAGUUCAAUGUGUGACUGAGCUAGCCAGCCAGUAAGUUCAAGGAUCCUCCUGGCCUCGCGUCCCAACACUGGGGUCACAGAUCAGCUGCUACGCCCAGAUUUUACACAGUGCUGGGGACCCAAACUCAGGUCUUCCUGGACAGCAGGCACUUUAUCAACUUUCCCCCUUUGUCUCUACGUCAAGUGUGUCUGUGGCUGUUGUUCUGCUGGUGUCUGUCCACCUGCCCUUUCUUUCUACUCUACGUGCUGACACUCCACACACUGUCCUCACCCUGUCUCUAAGGGCCGCCCAUAUGUGUACUGCUGAGUGCCCUGAGGAACUUAAGCAUUUUAAGGUGUGCGUUAGCAGAGGUCUAAGGCUCGCACUCGAUGGGAACACAGACCGUCAGUUUCGCUUUAAGCACCGACAUUCCACACGUGUGUGUGCAGGUAGUGGAGCUUUUUGGUUUUUGCUUUAAUCCCAACCAGAAAUAAUUCUUUUUAUAAUAAAGUUCAUGCUUAAUAG